ACCCACUUUCAAUAAGUACCGAUGUGAUCUCAUAAAUAGAACCAGACGGAAUCAUUUUGAGUUAACCGAUUGCACGAAAGAGAUAUGAGUGAAUCACUUCGUCGAAACCGUUGAAUUACUUAAACGGCAUUAAUAUUUAAAAACUUACACUCAGGAUGUCAGAUAUUGUGGAUAUUAUUAACAAUCCGGAAUACGGAGAGUAUGAGUAGUCCAUCGACAGUACACGAAACUCCUCGCUCCAUCAUGAAUACGCUGAAGUAAACUACAUGGGAAAAUUUGUUUCCUCUUUAAGCCAAAAAUGUUUCAAGUAUUGCUCACAGUCGCGAUUGUUAACGUUUUCUGGACUUGUUAUUUUUUUGAUACUGUUAACAGCACUGACGGCCCUGACGAUCCUAGCGUUUGAAAUACAUCAAUCGGCAAAAUUAUCGACAAUGGAAUCAUGGUUGUUUGAUAUCCAACACUCCAGUUUAGCACCCGUACGUUUAUUAGUGCAAGGACAUGUCUGCGAUGCCGACGCCCAGCAAACUUUGCCAGACGUCAUUGGAUCUGCAACGGUCGUCAGCAUUCCCGAUCCACCAUACCGUUUACCGUUCGUCACCGACAAGAACGGAAAACUCCUGUUCCAUGCAGCAGCGGGUUCCCUGUGCUCUCUAACUCUUCAACAUCCCAGAUACCACCCUCUGACGAUAAACGAUGUUCAGCUUACGGGAUUACACAAUGAUACAAUGGAUCUGCCAGACAUUCCUUUGAUCCAUCGACGGUUUAGCUUGAACGGUUUUGGCUGUGCCUGCGUUCGCGUCAUAAGCAAUUCAAACCUGCCGGUGGAAAACGCCUCCGUGACCUUACGUUACGGCCUGGCCAGUUAUAGCAGUGAACCAAUUAACAACAUUGUCACCGCAAACGGACUUUGGACGGUUAUGCUACCAACAGGUCAUUACACUGCAUGCGCAACUAAAUCGGGAUUUACGACGAACUGUGUGUCGGUGGUUGUGCUGCCAAGUCGGAACAUCACUUUCACUAUAGUACUUCGUUACGUAUUCGUCCCACAUGUCGUACGGUUUGUACUGGAAUGGGAAAGAAUGGAAAGUGACCUUUUGGGAAAGAUCGUCGGUCCCGAAGUGUACGGCAGUGAUAGUCCCGGACUACUCGAAACACUGGCCUCGUGCGUAACCUGCCAUGCUAAUGAUACAUGUCGACGAAUAACGAUGACACUGCUGCAUCAGCUGCCGGGAACGUAUCGGUACUACGUGCGUUCUGCCAAGCCCGUCGCGUAUCCGCUGAUGUAUCUAGCAACAUCUGGAGCGGAAGUCAAAGUCUACAUUGAUGACAUCAGACGGGGUACUUAUUAUGUACCGCACCGAAACGGCACCCGAUGGAAUGCCGUCGAAGUCAGUGGGGACGAUCUGGUUUUUAUAAAUAUAAUGAGUGAUGAGUAAGAAAAGCAAAAGAAUUCUAUAGUUCUGUGCAUGAUUAGAUCUCCUGCGUAAAGUAGAGUACGUUUCAUCGAGCUUAAAAGUGAGCAUACAAUAGUAGCGAAAGCACUACAGGCUUAGCGGUCGGCCACUUCUCAAAUUUGUUCCUGUUUGACUUUUUUGCCAACAUUUAUCCGUCAGCAACUAACGUGAAGCAGUCUGCAGGCUGAGCAGGACAAAUUUUGAAGGAUCCUUUCGCUAAUAUAAUAUUGCCUGAUCUCUUCGUGCUGUACAAUACUCAUUGAUUUGUCGUUGACUUUUUUCUCGUGUAUCAGCACAUGCCGUGAAUAGGAUCAAAUAAAUUAAAGGAAUGGAUGUGCGAUGCCGUGAAUGACGUUAAUGAUUUCAAAAGCUAACCGUCAAGACCUUUCAAGUCGCCGUGACAAAGGGCCAGAUGGGACGAUGCUGAUACCGGCCCACGAAGGACAAUGGUCUUGGAGCAAAUUGGCGAAAGACUGUAAACGCCGGAGAUACGCUUUUCAGGAGAAAUCGGGAUCCCUAUUUUAUCUGCUACUAGAGUAGCAAUCGAGAGACUCGAGAUACUCGGGACAUUAGGGGCGGCUUUCGCGGAGAUGACCGUGCAGGCAGGAAAAUCCGCAGCGCUACCGGCGAGCCUCGAUCGGCAGCAAUCUUGAUGUAGUGUUUCUUAGUCGUACAGCUGUACGAGGAAAUGCAGCCGCUGUUUUGGAAACACUGAAAUAUUUUGUGCUAAUUGAUAACAGUAACGCACAAACAGUUACAAUACGUGUAAACAUGUAUCGUAAUGUAAGUACAGCAUAUGUAGACCGUAGGCAACUACCGUAGCUGCAACGAGGAAUUGUGAAACUGACAAAGCUCGUGUUACAGAUGAGGUAAACUGUAAAAGCAGAUACAUAAAGUAUUUAAGCAGAUGAGCUAAACUGCGCCAGCUCUGUGUAACCGUUACGCAAUCUCAAUUUUGGGUAUUGUUCUGCUGCAACUGCAAGUUUGCGACCAAAAAUGUAUUUGUUCAAGGAGUAUAAGCAGCGUUCCUCCGUUUUCGCAUGGAAUUCUGUGGACGUGCUAACCGAUUCCGGGAUUCUGCAACAUGGCACGGUAAUCAACGUCGUUGACAACGGUCUCAUCAUUGACUUUCAUUGUUCUCAGCAGCGGUCGCAGCUGGUGGAAUUCGGAAAAAUCUACGAAUGUUCGGACGACAGUUCCGUGUUAGACUACGGCAGGCGGCCAUUCGAAUACACCGAUACAAGCGCCCCUGCAAACUUUGCUGUGCAAGUGCUGCUACGUACGGACCAAGCAGGUCCGUGGAUGUGGUAUCCUGCCACCUUAAUAGCCAAGACAAUCGACUUCUUUUAUGGUGGACCGUUUGGUUUUGUGGAAGUCCAGCUGGGUAAGGAUUAUACCAUCCAGGAGCUGCUUCCUUUGGAGCAGAUACGCUAUCCACCAUUAUCAAGACGAGUGGUGCAAAAAGACACUUUUGUGACAAGAUCCUGUCCAUUGCCGCGUAGUUGGUCGGCUUUGAAUUCAAGGGCAUCUAAUUGGUUCGUGGAACGCAUUCAGUCCAGGCAUAAAAUUCUACCACUGAUGACGCACAGUGAAGUCGUUGUGUAUCUGCAGUGUGGAAACCAUGAUCCCUUGCGACGUGAACAGUUGGUGGACGUCUACGAUUUCAUCGCUAAACGUCCUGGUGUCUAUAUCGACAAAAGCGAUGCAGAACGAUGUUUAUUCUCGAGCUCCAGACGGGCAGUUCGAAAGCGGGAACGUGAUCAGGUGGCUUUCAACUAUCUGCCGGUAGAAUUACUGUGUGACGUCUUCCUGUACGUCGAUACCGUGACUCGUCAGUGCUGUCGUCGUACAUACAGUUUGUGGAACCAAGUCGUGCAAACCAGCAAGAACAUGGUUGUUUCUUUCCAGCAGCAUAACUUUCUUCGGGUUGAGAAAGAGUGGUUGCCGCUUUAUGCGGUGACAAACUGUCUUUUGAAGUGUAUCACUCCAAUGACCAAGUGCAUCGCUAUAAAGAAAAUGACAGAAGGUGAUUACGAAUUACUGAAUAUCAUGGGUACGAUCAAGCAGCCUUAUGUUAAGCAACUGGUGUUCUGCCAAUCGGAAUUCGGAAUGGGUCAAAUGGGAACUCCGCAGCUGAAGUAUCUGGCAGACCAAUUAGCUGGUCUCCGAGAAUAUUGCAAAGCUGUGGUAUUGAAAGACUGUAUGUUCUUAUCUAACGACUGCACGCCAGUCAUAAACCAUGUGAUUAUUGAUCCGGCUUCUAAGAACCUCGAAGAAACUCUCUGGAACAUCUAUGAAAAUCACCAGCCCUUUGAUGGGGAAGUGGAUUCGCUGGGAGUGUGUAAAUGGUUUCCAUAAGGAUGUCCAGAUGCCAGAAAGCGCAUAUGUUACGUAAGAAAAUUUGACAAAUAUCUGCUUUUACGGUAGAUCUGUUGUACUGAAGAUACACUGUCUCCAGGUUAUAGACUGCUUUCGAAGCAGUGAUCCGCGAAAGCUAACGUUAACACGCUUGGAGCUGACGUUAACACGCUUGGAGUAAUAAAAAUCUGUCCCAAGUCGGUUUCACCGAAAUGAACAAAAUAACUUUGUAAGUACUUCCUGGUUCCGAAGGUGAUGCCCGUAGAAUGUGAUAC